AGAGAAUUCAAAUUGUAAACAAGUUUCGGUUUUACAGCAGGUAGCAGCCGUAGCGCGAUAUUAGGAAUUUACUUGUCGUAUAGAUAUGAAGAGAGUGAAAUAGACCAAUUAAUGGACCACUUCAGCGCUCAAGUCGCACAGCAGUGUGACGUAUGUCUGACGUUAGUCGCUCAGUGUCACUGUGAUGUUUGUCACAAGAAUCUUUGUAAUGGCUGUGUCAUCGAUCAUUUGUGUAAAUCAUUGGAAAUCAAAUGCAAAGAAAUUUCUCCAGCAUCUCUUACCCUGUCGUGUUUGGCUGGGAGCCAUGCGACUAAUAAUUCUGAGCAAUUCUGUGAAGACUGUGAUGUUCCCGUCUGCUCAGCCUGCAUGGCGUCCAAACACAAAGGACAUAAGGUGAUGCGUUUACUGAAUAAAGGUGGUGUCAAACGAGAGGAUUUGAAGAGAGAUUUGGAAGAGCUGGAAAGGAGUAUCUAUCCAAACCAUCUAGAAAAUGAGUUGACGAAAAAGUCUGAAAUAACGCAAGUAACAAAACACUAUGAAGAACUUUCUAUGGCGUUGGAAAACCAAGAGGAGAAAUGGCGUAGAGAAAUAGACAACAUUGUCCAAAAACUGAAAGCUGAUAUGGACGAGAUGAAGAAAAGCCAUCUGGAUGUUCUUCUUCAGCAUGAAGACAAAAUCGCAAGCAGGAUUCUAGAAAUCAAAAAUUGCAUUGCAAAUCUAAGGAAAUUACUAGACGAGGGUAAUUUUUCUCGAGCUACUUCGUAUAGAUCCAGAAAUGCUGAAUUCAGAAAAUUGCCUUCCAACGUCAGCAAGGUACCUUUGCCGAGUUUCAAGGCACCAGCGAUGAAUACAGAACAAAUUCGCCAGCAAUUCGGUUUCUUUUUGCCAUUUUCUGAAUUAAAAGAGCAAGCUGAUUGGCUCAUCAAAGCCACCAUCAACACAGAAUAUGGGCGAGUUCGUAGUGUGACUUGCUUAAGCAACGAAAAAUUCUGGGUAUGUGGUUCAGACAAAAUUAUGAAACUUUACAACCUUCACGGCGAACUCCUAGAAAAAUGCUGUACGAAAUCUGGCAAUGAACCCUGGGACAUAGCAGUGACAUCGGAAGGGUAUCUUGUGUACACCGAUGUUUUUGAAGGUUCAGUUAAUAUAAUGAGGACAGGGCAAGCACCAGAAGUGAUCAGACCGCGAGACUGGGUGAUUUUUAAUAUUGCAAGGACUUACUCAGGCGACCUGCUCGUUACCAUGGACUCUGAAGAUAAUAAACGCUCAAAAGUUGUUCGUUACUCUGGAACUAUAGAAAAACAAAACAUCCAAUUUGACGACAACGGUCGACCUCUUUAUACCACGAGUGAAGUGAAGUAUAUCAGUGAGAACAGGAACCUAGAUAUCUGUGUGUCAGACUGUAAAGCCCAUGCAGUAGUGGUGGUCAAUCAAGCCGGGAAACACCGGUUUACCUACGCUGGUCCUCCCUUUACUACCAAGGGACCAUUUAAUCCACGCGGCAUUGCAACAGACAGCAAGAGUCGGAUCCUUAUAGCAGAUCGAAUUAACCACCGCAUCCACAUCCUGGAUCAGGGCGGACAAUUCCUCCGAUAUAUAAGUGGCCAUGAUUUACAUCGCCCGGAGUGUUUGUGCGUGGACUCUAGAGACAAUAUUUUUGUUGGCGAGUUUGGAGGAAUGGUAAAGAAAAUCCAAUGUUUCGUUUGAACAAUAUAUGUCUAUGUUUUUGUCCGGCAUCGACGGAACCCUACUACGAUAGCUGACUAUGAGCUCACUUGCUGAUUUUGUUCUCAUUCAAACGCAUGCCGAUUGUGUUUUAAUUUCCUUUAAUAUUUGUUAAAAAACCUAUCACGUGUUAAUUUAAGUUACAGCAUGAAAUAAGUUAAUUAAAAUAUGAAAAUAAUGAG